UUGCCGGAGCCCGAGCCCGAGCCCGAGCCCGAGCCCGAGCCCGAGCCCGAGCGAUUGCGCCCGUGCCGGCUCCCCCAGCCAUGCGUGCCGCGGGCCCGUGAAGGGAGCCGCCGUGCGCCGCUGGCUGCCAAGUCCUUGCCCCGCUUUUGUCUCGCCCUACAGUGAAUCGGAAGAUGGAGAUGGAUGUUAAGGGAGUUUCUCAGUGCCCGGAGCCCAUCCCCCACUCUCAGGGGGCUGGCGGAGGCUGUCAGCAGCCACCGCCGCCGCCGCCGCCGCCGCCACCGCCGCCGCCGCCGCAGGAUGAGCAGCCUGGGGAAAGUGCGGCCGCCGGGGACAGCCACCCAGAGAAGAGACCAAACAGCGAGAAAGAAGACAAAAAGAGGACCUCGGCCAGCAAGACUUCAGGUGCUCCUUCCUACAGCAGAUGGUCCAGCUCACAGCCACAUCAGGAGGCUCUGCAAUGUUCCGGGCUUGAUGCAAUCAGCACAAUGCCAUCUGCAAACAACAGCAUCUGGAGGACAUCACCAUCUAUAGGGAAUCCCUCUUUGAUUUGGACUCUGCGCUGGACAUCCUCCAUGACAAUGAGAAGCCUGGGACGCGGAAGCCUGGGGACUUGCCCCAUUUCUGCAAUAGAAUAUUCUUCUAGCUCCACGGUGAGAACAUACCAAAACAGUAAAUCCAGAGUGACCAUGAGUCCCGGCUUCAGCUCCCAGUGGAACAGCAGCCAACCUGCUUGGAACAGCUAUACCUUUCCAAGAGCAAGCUUGCACUACCAGUCCCAUGCCAGCUACACCUACUGUGCUGGACACCCUGCCUCCUAUGCACCAGCUCCCCACCCCAUGGCUCCUCCCAGCCCCAGCACAAACAGCAGCAGCAACAACAGCAGCAGCAACAACAAUAGCGGAGAACAGUUGAGUAAAACCAACUUGUACAUUCGAGGCCUUCCACCCGGCACCACGGACCAGGACCUAAUCAAGCUGUGUCAGCCGUAUGGAAAAAUUGUUUCCACAAAGGCAAUUCUUGACAAAAAUACAAAUCAAUGCAAAGGUUACGGCUUUGUAGACUUCGACAGUCCGGCCGCGGCACAGAAAGCGGUAGCGUCUCUCAAGGCCAAUGGCGUCCAGGCACAGAUGGCCAAGCAACAAGAACAAGACCCCACAAACCUAUACAUCUCCAAUUUGCCCAUUUCCAUGGACGAGCAGGAAUUGGAGAACAUGCUGAAACCCUUCGGCCAUGUCAUUUCCACCAGAAUAUUAAGAGACGCCAAUGGAGUCAGCAGAGGUGUCGGAUUUGCCAGGAUGGAGUCAACUGAAAAAUGUGAAGUGGUAAUUCAACAUUUUAAUGGAAAAUAUCUGAAAACACCACCAGGAGUACCAGCCCCUACCGAGCCUUUGCUGUGUAAAUUCGCAGAUGGAGGGCAGAAAAAGCGUCAGAAUCAAGGCAAAUACACACAGAACGGAAGGCCGUGGCCAAGGGAAGGAGAGCCUGGCAUGGCAUUGACCUAUGACCCUACAGCUGCUAUACAGAAUGGAUUUUAUUCUUCACCGUACAGUAUUGCAACAAACCGCAUGAUUCCCCAGACAUCUAUCACGCCAUUCAUUGCUGCUUCCCCUGUGUCCACAUAUCAGGUCCAGAGCACUUCAUGGAUGCCUCACCCACCCUACGUUAUGCAGCCAACAGGCGCUGUGAUAACACCAACAAUGGACCACACUAUGUCAAUGCAGCCAGCAAGCAUGAUGGGCCCCCUGACGCAACAGAUGAACCAUCUUUCCCUGGGCACGACAGGAACGCGCCCUGGGACCAAGAACCAGUCACCCCACCCUAGUUAUGGCUCUGCAUAUAUGUAUAUGACUGCGGCUGCACCUAUGCAAGGGACCUACAUUCCCCAGUACACUCCUGUGCCUCCAACAGCCGUCCCUAUAGAAGGUGUUGUUGCUGAUACCUCUCCCCAAACAGUUGCACCUUCAUCACAGGAAGCCAGUGCCCAACAACAGCAGAUAGCGGUGGAAACGUCCAGUGAACAUACGCCUGCAUAUUCCUACCAACAGUCUAAACAAUAAACAGGACUGAAGAAUGUCGAUCUGAAAACUUUGCCUUGAAUGGAGAAACUUCAUUGAACAAGGAGUUGGCUUCCAGUUUGCACAGGCGUCAACCGAAUGCUUUUUUUUUUCAUUUUCUACUUUACCCAAUGAAAAAAAAAAAAAAAAACCCAAGUGUUUUUAUGUGCUGUGCAAAAGGUUCCGUCAUGUAGUCUGACAGUUUUAUUUUUGCUAUAAUUUUUUUUAAUUAAAGAAAAAACCCAGAGGGGGAAAAAAAAACACAAACACUGGGGGUUGACAUUUCAUCUGGAUGAACAUUCGGAUUCAGAAUUUACCUGAAGGUGUAGAUAGAUUUUUUUUUAAAAAACAAAAACAAAAAAACAUCAAAUCUGAUGAUGUUAAGAGGGAGCGAGCUGAGAUGAAAACCUUGUCUUCCUCAAUAAUUAAGCUACUUUCUCUUUUUUUCCCUUCUUUAACUCUAGUGCAUUUGUUUAAUUUUUUAUUUUUUUUUCUUAGAAAUGUUUAGGUAAGGUUUAUCUUGAAUCUUAAUUGCCUUAAUUUUAAGGACGUCAGAGGCUCUCCAGGCAAGCUGUCCACGUCUUGUUAGAAAAACAAACAACAACAACAACAACAAAAAACAAAACAAAAAACAAACAAAAAAAAAACAAAAAACAAAAAACAAACAAACAAACAAACAAACAAACAAAAAAAAAAAACGGAGAAGGAAAUUUGAAACGACUGCUUUGAGCCAGCUUCAACUGGUGCAGAAGUUUAAUAGACUCUGAGUUUUUAGGGUGAAAAAAAUAAACUGUACAGUUGAAAAGAAAAUGUUUUUCUUCGUUUGAAGAAAAUUUGUUGAUAAAGGAACCGUGGCAACUGCAAGGAUUAGAAAAAAAAUGCUGGGACUUUUCAUGAACUUUGUCUUAAGUGUUGACAGGAAUCAUUCUAGAAAGGAAAAGUGACUGACAGUAAAGUUAUUGACAUUGGUUCAAUCAAAUGGCUGCAUUCGAAAUGAUACGGGGUUUGGGGGGGGCAGGAUGCAGAUUUUCUUUUUUUUUAUUUCCAAGGCGUGAUCGCUGACAAAAGCCCUCGUGCUUUUUACCUGCAGUCUUUUUUAUGAGCGUUAAGAAGUUUUUAGUCAGCUUUGCUUGUCACAUUGCAAAACCUAGCUUAAGAGCAUUAAAAUAAAAAAAAAAAUGAAAAAAAAAAAACUUAAGUAGAUAGGAGCUUAUGGUCAAAAAAAGUGCAAAAAAAGCAAUAGAUAGAAGAAAUUGUUGACAAUUUCUGUAGUCUUUCCUAGUUGUGAUCAAAUGCAGCCUAUGGAUGGCCUAUUUUAUACCAAAGAUGAAGUGACAUCCUAACGCAGUCCAGAAGAUAGAGGUUUUCUUUUGUGUUUUUUUCUUUUUUUCCUCUUCUUAAAAAAAAAAAAAAAAAAUCUUUAUUUGACCUACAUGGCCGGACCAGUUCUUAUUUUCAUGUUUGUUUAACCUAUAUUCCACUGGUGUUUUACAUACUGCAAAAUUUAUCAAGAAAAUUGCACAUUAGUUGGGCUUAGGAAGCCCAGAUCUAUUGGGUUCAGCUGAGAAUCAGAGCAGUACAAAAUCCAAGCACCAACUAAUGUAAUUGAAAAGGCUUUCAUUUCGUCGAGCUUUUCACCUAUGCUCUUGUACAACGCAAUCCAUAGUGGGGGGCCACCUCUAUUGGGAGGCAUUUGCCUGAAAGGCUGAAUCUUCUUUCUGUGCAUGUUGGACUAUAAACACUUCUGGGGGAAAAACAAAAACUAAAAAAACUUAAAAAAAAAAGAAAAAAACAAACAAACAAACAAAAAAAAACAUUUGAAACUGUCACCUAUUCCCUUCCCCCCUCCCCAAAAAAAGUCUGUGGAAUGGUAGGUGGUCUCCUUAAAGAAUGUCUCAUUGUCUUUGUAAAGAAAGUCUUCCUUCUGAAUUCUGUCACCGCUUUGGUUCAUCUACUCACCUCGUCCAGCAUGGAUAGCAACUUUGAUUCUGAAAUUGAGGGAAAGGGGAGGCCUGCUUGCUUCCCUUUUUAUUUUUUUCAUUGCAUCUUUGAAGGCUAUGGUUGCCAGAAAGUAAAGAGGAAAAUUGGACAUUUUUUCUCAAUUUAACUCUCCUGGGCAGGUAGGAAUAUUAAAAAUAAGGGUUUGUUUUUUUCCUAAUGGAAUUCUGGGUAAGCUCUUAAUAUGCUGGUUGACAAUCAAGAAUUAGUAUGAUUUAAGAAAACAAAAACCAAAAGGACCCAGUCCUGGAGAUCAGCUAAGCCAAAGGAGUUGGUGGAUGCCCAAUUUGGUCCAAAAGUGAAUGCAGUUUCAUUAGCUGAGAUACAACUGUUCUUUAAGACAUUCUUGGGAAAUUUGCAAUGUUUUACGUGAAAUCCAGGGCAGUAAAAUUUUGUUAAUUGAGAAGGAUUUGAUAGUAGUACUGUUUUCUGAAUGAGGCACUGGGAUCAAAGAAUUGGUAGAGGGGCUAGAAGAUAAAAAUAAGUUACUGAGUCAAAGGAAUGAGGUAAUGAAUUCAUUUUGUAUAGCUACUGUGAAAAAAAGACAACAGUAUUAAUUAAAAAGGAAAAGAAGUCAAUCUUCUCCCAAUGAAAUCCACUUAAAUAAAAGCUGUGGUUCUGAAAUUGAUCUAAAGUUCUCAUGAAAGAAAUGCCUUUAAACCCAAGCAAAGAUGAUUUCAAGUAAGGGUGCUUCUCUAGAUUUUCAUUUUAAUUUUCGAUUUUGAAUAAUUGGCUGCUAUAGGUCAAUUCAACACCCAUUCCCAGAGAGAAGAACCCACUGCUUAUUGGUCUCUACAAUCAUAUAAUAUCCCCCUGGGUUUAGGAACUAGAGGGAAACCUUUAGAUUUCCACUAAUUUAUUGCCUUCCCACUGGGGUUUUGUUUUGUUUUUGUUUUUAGUGUUUUGUAGAUGGCACCAACUUGAGUUUUAUCAUCAUAGAGCUGCCCACAGAGAACCACAAAGAAUCCUUCAAACCAACCCCGUUUAUUUUCUUCUUCCCAUUCUCUAAAACUUCUUGGAUAAUUAUGGAUUCCCCCUGAGAAUAAUUGAGUUGAAUAGAAAACAAUAUUAUUUUGUUCUAUUUCCUUAUAAAUCCUGAUGUGACACAAAGAAAAGUCUCAUUCGCUCUGGACAAUGAGGCUCCAAGGUAGCUACCAUGUGGCUGAUGAAUAUGCUGAGAUCACUUCCUAUUUCUAUUCGAAACCCUGCUGUUUAAUUUAUAUCUUUAGAAGUUUUUUUUUUUUUUUUUUUUUUGGGGGGGAGGGAAGAGUUGGCUUGGUUUUGCUUUCCCCAGUAACAAAAGUAAAAUAAUUUUGAUGGGUUUUUUUUUUAAGCCAAAUGGGGACAAAAUGAAAUCACCCCACCAAAUGUUUUAACCACUGCCAUGUAUUUUGUGUUCAAAUUGUUUAACCUGUGCCACAUUGUCAAAGAUCUCAUCUCAUACCAAAAAGGAAAGAGAAAAUAUUUCUUCUCUGUACAUGAGUUAUUUCACCCUUCUCUGUCUUCUGACCUGUGAAUUUUCUCAAGUGUCAAACCAAGUCUGAAAAAUAGCAGUAUACACAGGUAAGCACUAGCAGGUUCCUAGCACAAGCCCUGUUGGAGAGAGAAAAAUAAACACAAGCAAAUCAGCUCUGCCAUGUUUGCUUGGAAAUAGUGGUAAAUAGAAGGAACCCUGAUACAGUAAUAAACUGUAGUUGAGAGAGAGAGUAAAUUUUUUUAAGAUCACACUUGUCUAAAAACAAAACCAAUAUCCUAGAUCUUUAAGAUCAUGAUUGUCUAAAAUCAAAACCAGGGUCUUAGAUCUUUGCAUUUGGCCUACUAUUUUAAUUGUCCAAUUAGCCUUACCUAUUGAUGCCGGGAGAUUCCUAAUUGACUGAUAGACUUCCAUAAAGUCUUCAGGGCAAGAGGGCCUGACCUUAAAAUAUCAGAACUAAAAUCAAUAAAUAUAUUCCAUAAAUUUUUUUGUCACAUCCAAAUUGUAGUCAACAGUCAGUGGAAAACAAAUGAAUAUUUUCUUUUCACCAAGAUGAGAGGCUGUCAGAGGGAAAAAUAUAUAUAACUGGGAGCUUCUAAAUAACUCCUCAUGUCUUCUAAAGGAAACAUGUAUGUGAUCACAGAAGGAUUAUAAGGGAACUGAAUAUGCAAAUGAGUCCUGGUAACAGAGGCUGCCUUUCAACUCUUGGAACUCCUGAUUAUAUUUAAAAUAUGAAUAUGCUAGUUAACUCAAAGGAUUUCCAGCCAGUCUGAUUCUAAAUUUGCUGGUGUCUUUUUGAUCCAUUGGCUAGAUUCUGUUUGUUUAGAAUAUUGGUGCCAGUCUUUAUUAAAAUUCUUGCCAAAAUUCUCGUAGGAAUAUAAAAAAUAGUGACCCAUUUUGAGUAGCCCCCAUUUGAUGAAAUGUGGAUUUCAGGGAAACUUGAUUCAAUUUGGACACCUAGGCUAUACCAUCUGUGUGGUUUUUCAAUAACUUAUAGAGACUCAUUGGAACAGAUUAAAUGGCUAACCAAACAAAGCUAGAUAUAUGUUUUUUAAAAAUCCAUUCUAAAGUGGGUGUGUGAAACAGUGCAGAAAAGGAGAGCUAUUCAGGAAAAAGAAAAUCUUAAUGCAUUUAAGUGUUAAAUGGUUUUUAUACGAGUAAAAAUCAAAUGAAAGGAGAUUAUUUAUGUAUGUAUGUACCGAUAUACCACCCAUUUGAGGAAGCCUCCAUUGUAAUAAAGCCUAUUUUUAAUAUGUCAUAGUAUUUGACCUAUAUUAUGUUGUCUACGGCAGGAAAGGAUGAAAUUUAGGUUCUUAUUUCAUAGUUGCCGAGUUCAGUAUGUAUCUGUUAAACUCAGUUGGGCUGGCAAGUUCUUACUGAAUAUUAAAGGAGGAACUGGUUGAGAAAAUUUUCACAGACUCAUUGCAUUGCCCCUGUCCUCCCAGUUGUCUGUCCUGCAUCCAGACUGUGUUGAAAUUAAAAGUAAAGAAUCAAUCUCUCUUGAUGGCGACAUCAAAUAUGAUUUUGGAAAAGACUUGGGUUUCGGUCAAUCUCGAAAUUUUCCUUAACAUAAAAUCAAUCCUAUUAUCAAGCUCUUGGUCAGGGAUGGUUUCAGUGGUUGAUUUAUUGUUCAUGGUACUUUGUGCAAUGAGAGUGCUAAAGUCUACCACCAAGCCCAGUGAGUGUUCAUGAGCCUCCACUUAGUGCACCCACCCCCUUUCAAUCAGAUUAAUGAUUUCUUUUGUUUUAACUUGAUGCUUAUACAUAAAUGCCACUGCCAAGAUUGGAUAAUGUCAACAAUGCCCUUUGAUUCACUAUCACUCCUAAUUCAGCAUGCAGCAGUGAUAAAAGAUAGGAGGGAGCCAUUUUGAGCCCUCCAGAAACCAUCACCUUUAUGACCCACCACCAUUUCCCAUAUCAGCUAGUCCACCCUGGUCUGCCCAGACAUUGAUCACAUUCACUGCUGAGGCUUACUGCCAUGAUUUCUGAUUUUACAAAGGAAUCCAUUCAUCCUCAGUUCCUUCCGUCCACUUGGGCGACUGUGCUGUUCAUUGUACUACCUCCAGGGAAUGGUGAAUGAUGAAACAGAAAGGAGGUAAAAAUCAAAUCAGUCCAAUUUACUACUCAUAAAAUCAUCUGAUAACUUUUAGGUUGAUUUGGUUACAAUGAGGUAUAAUGGGUUUAUCUGUGGAUUUGGAUUACCCAACCCUUCUUGUUCCCCAUUUACUACAGUUUGUGAAGAGUUAACCAGUCUUUGAAGAUGAUAAAUGGGAGGGGGAAAAGGUGCUAAAAGCAUAAACGUUGAUUUGGCUUCCUUCACUGUUGUGAUUUCUUUGACAUCUCUAUACUUUUUACCAGGCCAAAGAUGAAUUAAUUUACUCAUCAGAGAACAGAACGUCUACUGUUGGGCAAAUCCACCUUAAAUUUUUAAAUCUCUAAGAAGGACAUAUUUAAUCUCUGUGCUUCGAAUGAUUCUCCUUUCUUGUAUGAAGGCAGGAUGGUUUCUAUAUUCUGGUAGAUCUGAACAAUACUUCCAAAUGGACAUAAUGUCCAAUUUUUAUUUUUCAUUUUUAGAGUUGGACAUUACUCAGCUCCCUGGUAAAAGAAUAUCGUUAAAGGUGCUUUGUUUCACAGCAUAAACUAUUUUCAUUCUAAUUCUUUGCAAAAAUGAGCUAGUUCCUAAGCAUCAUGGAGGCACUUAGAAAAUUUAUCCCCAUUUAAAUGGGAGGGGGAAAAACCAUUAAAACAGAACAACAGUCCUCGGUGUAUGAGCAAAUCCAUGGAUAUAAUUGGAACCGCAAAGCUAAGAACAAACAAAAAACCCUCGUGAUGUAUUGAUGAAAAUUUCAUUUCUAUUAGAAUGAGACAAGGCUUCUUUAAAGAAUCUUUGCAGACCUCAUGGUAACCAAAUCCUAGACCAUUGAACCUCUGAAUGCCAUUCAUUUAUGAACCUUAUUUAUCAAAGAGCAUUUUUGUCCUGCUGUCUCUGAUUGUCAUGGAAAGUUCUGUAAUGCUAAGGUGUUUCAGGUUUUCUUUUUUCUUUCUUAUUUUUUUUUAAAUUUCUUACUUUAUUUUUUUCCAUUUGUACCACAGUCCAACUAGCUACCAUUCCCCCCACUCCUUGGGCUUUCUGUAGAUCAGUGGAUGUUAGGUUUAAACUUCUGUUUUCUUUGAUGAAGCUUUCAAUAAAAAAUGAAAACAAAA